UGACACAAUUUGAUACUUCUGGUAAGUCAAAUCGUCUAUUAGCCACAACCUGUCAUUGUCCACAAACAUUGUCAGGUGUAUCUUUUGCCCCCCGACUAAUAUGCGGAGAUAUUGCUGAGCCAACAAGUCAAAGAUACUAAUUCCUAUAUAAUGCACUGUCAUUGCUAUGGUAUCAAAUGAUACCUUGAUGGAUCUGCCAUGCCAUGAAUUUCCGGCCCUUCAGGUGGCGUAGACAACUUCGACUUUCAGUGCAAUCACAUCAAACUGUCUGGUCUCAGUCUCGUUCCUCAACGAGAUCAACGUGCCGGAAACGUUGCGUUUUGAUAUCUCUAUAUCUUAAAAGACCUCCACCAGGAGAUCUUGAAAGUUACUAUGAUCUUGCGAGCCAACAAAGUCACACUCAAGAGAUGGUAGAGCUUACUAGUAGUGGCAGCCAGGAUGUAAACUCGAAGAAGGAAGCAACUGAGAAGCAGGUAGUAGAGGCGAUGGUUGUUCCAGCAGAGGAUGAAUUUGAAGAAGAAGAGGACCAUCAGCAAGAAGAUAUUGAAGCCAACUCACAACAGCAGUCCAGCAAUUUUCCGGACGGAGGGUCACGGGAUUGGUUGGUGGUUCUCGGUACAUUCUUCAGUGCAUUUGCCUCAUAUGGUUAUGUCAGUACAUGGGGGGUCUUUCAAACAUACUACGAGCGAACACUACUUCAAGAACAUUCUCCUUCUACUAUAGCCUGGAUAGGUUCUUUACAGUACGCAUUAAUCCUGCUUCUGGCACUUUUCCAGGGACGUUUGUCCGAACUUGGGAUAAUCAAAGUACCAUUGCUCGGGGGGAGUAUUUUAAUGAUAGUAUGCACAUUCUUAGUUGCACAAUGCACAAAAUACUGGCAUUUUGUUCUAUGCCAAGGUGUUGGACUUGGGAUUGGUUGUGGGAUGGUGUUUAUGCCAGCAAUGGGAAUCAUUGGACAAUGGUUCAGCAAGAAACAAGGUCUUGCGAUGGGCUUAACUGCACUCGGAUCUUCCAUCGGUGGGACAGUCUUCCCAAUUGCAUUCCAGAAACUGAUCCCAAGAGUCGGAUUUUCAUGGACAAUAUGUAUCCUCGGAUUCAUUAUGUUGUUAGCUUUGAUCAUACCAAACAUAACCCUCACGCGGCGCCUACCACUACGGAAUGUUUCCGGUGGCUUGUUCAACUUUAAAGCAUUCAAGAAUCCACUGUUCUUGACGUACGCAAUAGCUGCUUUCACUGGAUUCCUAGGACUGUACACCGUUCCUACAUACAUUGAGCUCAGUGCAUUAGCUGUCGGCGUAUCACCUAAUAUAGCAAUUUAUCUGGUUGCUAUUGCAAAUGCGGGCGCGGGAUUGGGAAGUUUUUUUGCAGUGAUCAUGAUGGAUAGAAUUGGUCAGUGCGAUGUUUUGGGUUCCUGUUCACUUAUGUUGCUGGUUUUUGCAGGUGCUUUGAACUUUCUUGCACCAACAACAUUAAUUGCGGGUGUACUUUCUUUCCUUUGGCCCUUUUCCAGAACAGAUGCGUCAUCGAUAGUGAUUGCUGCACUGUAUGGAUUCAUGUGCGGAUCAUUUGUCUCCGGCCUUUCUGUUCAUGUCGACAAAUUGGGAGAAUUAUCUGACUCUGGUCGAUACACAGGCAUGAUCAUGACUGUUGGUGCUGCCGGUGCAUUAUGCGGGAUGCCGAUAUCCGGUGCAAUCAAUCAACUGACAGAGGAUUUCAAGAUUGUUGGGUACUAUGCUGGGUCGACAACUGUUGUUUCGGUGGGGUUUAUGGUUUUAACUAGGCUGCUUGUGCUGAAGAAAUUAUGGGGGAAGUUCUAAAAAUUAUCACCUGCUUAUACUCAUUUGUGUUCCAUGCUGGAUUUGAGCAUUGGAUAGUUUGUACUUACUAAUGAAUUUUAAUAUACUAUUGUACCAUAUGA